AUGUUCCUGGCGCGUCUGACCUCCCAGCUGCUCAGGGUCGCUCCCCGGGCAGGCCUCCGUGGGCCCAGGCCUGUGUCAGGAGUGCUGGGCAGCCAUGUCUGCAGGCCCCGCUACGGCACGCAACCAGCAGCCCCGAGCCCGGUUGCCGUCCUCCCGGGCAAGGGGGAGCAGCAGCAGCUGGAGCUCGAGGAGAUGCUGGUCCCCAGGAAGAUGUCCAUCAGCCCCCUGGAGAGCUGGUUGACCGCCCACUACCUCCUGCCCAGGCCGGACGCCGGGGGCCCAGGGCCUGUGGCGCCAGCCCAGGCCUACGAGUGUCCGCCCGGCCAGGCGGGGGGAGGGGCUGAGCAGGGGCGCCAGGAGGUCUGGGACGCGCCCCAGAUUCAGUGCAAAAACGUGCUGAAGAUCCGCCGGCGGAAGAUGAACCGCCACAAGUACCGCAAGCUCAUCAAGAGGACCCGGUUCCUGCGGCGGAAGGUGCGGGAAGGCCGCCUGAAGCGGAAGCAGAUGAGGUUCGAGCGGGACCUGAAGCGCAUCUGGGUGAAGGCGGGCCUGAGGGACGCCCCUCCGGGCUGGCAGACGCCCAAGAUCUACCUCCGGAACAAGUGA